ACAUCAGUCUGUUGUCAGUGAAAGAAAAGAUACAGUCGUCUGAGUUUGCCGUCCAGAUUUUUGGUGUUUUUUUAAACUGAAAAGAUGGAGGAGUAUCAUUCUGGAGAUGAAGUUUCUUUCAACCCAGAUGAUGCAAGUAAUGUUGUAAAGGAGUGCAUCGAGGGGAUUAUUGGUGGUGUGGACUACAGCCAGAACAAAGUCAACCAGUGGACGGCCAGCAUAGUCGAGCACUCUCUCACUCAGUUAGUCAAACAAGGCAAACCCUUCAAAUACAUUGUCAACUGUGCUGUGAUGCAGAAAAGCGGCGCAGGUCUUCACACAGCCAACUCUUGUUAUUGGGACACUACCACUGACGGAAGUUGCACAGUGAGGUGGGAGAACCGGACUAUGUAUUGCGUCGUCAGUGUGUUUGCAGUGGCCAUUGCACUAUGAGCUGAGUCCCACACAUGCACACACACACACACACACACACACACACUGAAGAUCAAAGCCAGCUUCACUCACAUGUCUAUUAUUAAGCUUUUUGCUUCAACACAUCGGCUUAAACAUCAGCCAUGUUCAGCUCCUGUCUGUUUGGCCUGAUACAAUGUUUAGACUGAAUUGUAAGCUCUUAUCUACUACAAUGUAUCUAUAUUUGCUUCUCUGUUUUUGGACCUGCAAAGGUAUCAUGCACCUUUGCUCUGUAUAGAAUGAAAUGAAAAUUUGUUGAUGGUAAUUAUUAAAGUAGUUUGUUUUGGGUUUAAUAAUACAGUGUUAUGAAUUCAUCUGAAUGUUUUUUUUUUUAGUUUUCAGCCACCAAAGGGCAUGCAACUUUGUUUAAGCUUGACAUAAAGACAGAGAAAUGUAAAAUUAUUCACACAUGAUGUACGAAUGUCAUGUCAUGUCAUAAUAGUUGUUCAGCAUUAUUUUAGGGAAUUGAAAAUGAGUUUUAUCCCCGGCUCUUAAGUUUAAAAACAGCCAGAACACAAUCAUUUUGCUGAAAGAUUUAUACAAGAAAAUGACUUUUUGUUUGUUUGUUUGUUUGUUUAUUUAUUCAGUUAAUUAACCACACACACAUUUCCUCUACAAUAAUGUUAAAUAAUUGAAUUGCCAAAUCUUAUUAACAUGAAAAACAAGUACUGGAAUUAAAAGCUUUGUUUGAUUCACUA